UAUAUCACAGCCGGCACUCCGUCGUUAUAACCCCACCUCAAAGCCUAAUAACUAAUCAAGAAACACUCUCUUUACACGCACCAGCAACCCAAGAAAUCAAAACCUGUAAAAGGAAAAUGAGUGCUGCAGCAAGCAAAGCCUGGAUUGUGGCAGCUAGUAUUGGCGCGGUGGAGGCACUAAAAGACCAAGGUAUUUGCAGGUGGAAUUACACCCUAAGGUCACUGCAUCAACAUGCCAAGAACAAUAUCAGAUCAUUUACUCGAUCCAAGAUCUUGGCCUCCUCCUCCUCUUCUAGUUCUUCAUCAACAGCAGCAGCAGCAGUGUCUAAUGAGAUUCAGAAAGCCAAGAUGAAGAGAAGGGAGACGUCUUUGGAGAAAACCAUGAAUUUAAGCUGCUGGGGUCCUAGUACUGCUAGAUUUUAGGUCUACAAAGUGUAAUGGUCAUUCCAAUAUUUUUGCUACGAGUAUUUGAUGAAGUUCUAGGUUGCCAAUCACCAUUAAUGUAAUUGGGGACCGAUUGAUCCAAGUAAAGUAGAAAUUAAUCUAUGAUGACAUGAAUUGUUACUAUA